AUGCCAACACCGCUCAUGAGUACCACCAAGUUGAAGACUUUAAAUCCUGAUUCAAGUGAUACCAAUCAGCUAGGAAAUCAGAUCACGGAUACUCCAAUUACUAGUGUACAUCCAAUUGACACAUUGUCUAAAAAGCUCCGCCAACAGGCGUUGGAGUUGACACAUGUGUAUGAAGAGCUGGAAAAGCAAAACUUACAGAUUGAUAGUUAUAAGAAACAAGUUCAAGACCUGAAGCGACAGCUGGAAAUGAUGCGAGAGCAGCAGAGGAAAUAUAUAGACAAUAGCUUGAAAACACCGUCUGGAUCGCGCACGAUAGCUCUGGACCAGCAGAAACGUGCGACACAGUUGAUGAUUAGCAAUGAUGCGUCAAUCGGACAGAAGCGAGAAGAGUUAGACCGCAAGGUCAAGGAAGCCGAAAGCGAAAAGAUGAAGUAUCAAGUAGCUGCUAAGCGGAUCGAAAAAGCGCUGGCAGAGCUGAAAGUAUUUCAAAACACUCAAAUAAACAACCUACUUCCGUUAAAUGAUACAUCAGAUCAAGAGAAAGACGAAGCGAUCGAUAUCAAAGGGAUUGUUAAUGAGCAGCGAGCGUACAUCCGCGUUCUUGAAGAAGCUGUUCAUCUCAAAGCUACAGACUUUGACGUUACUGGUCACGAAGAACUUUUGGUCGUGCUUGCGGAGCUGCGUCAUACAAUUUACGAGCAGGAAAAAAAUGUCGUGGAGAAAAGUGAUCAGCUUGAAUCAAUUCAAGGGCAACUCGACCAAGAGCAACAGCGACAACGUGCGACCUUCAAUGACCUCGAAGCUGCAAGAAAGCAGUUGGAAGAAAUGGAUGUGCUAUUUCGUAAAAACUAUGAAGAUGUACAGUGUCAACUAUUGAAAAAAGUGCAAGAGAUGAAUGAGCUUCAAACUGUCGUAUCGGAUGCUCAGCGAUUGCAUGAAGCUCUACAAGACCGUCUACAGGCAGCCAUAACAGCUAAGACUGCGAUGCAAGCAACGAUUAAUGACAUGACACGAAUUAUUAAAUCACUGAAUGAGCAGUUCGAAAAUAGCAUUUUGAAAUGUGAAGAAACGCAAAAAGAAGCUGAGAGACUGCAAAAUGAGUGUACAGCGAAGCAAACCCAUCUCGAUGAUAUGAAUGUGCUACAAGAAGAAUUGCUCGAUUCUGUCGACAACUACGUGUGUAAACUUAAGAAAUCGCGAGAUAAAGUGAAGCGUCUUCAAGCAGAGCUAAAGGUGUGGCAAGAGAAGGAAAUGUUAUCUCAAAAUCAAUUAAAGGAGGUAGCACGGGUAUCGGAUGAGCGAAUUAAUGUGCUGUAUGCAGAAGUCGAGGCUACAACGCUUGGUAAGCGAGAGCUUGUGGCCCAAAAUGUCAUACUCAUGCACGAUAAUAGUAGCCUGAAGCGCACACUUGCGGAUGUAAAAAAACAACUUGAUAAACUGAUACAAGCGAGGGAUACUCAAGAAGAGAUGAUAGAUACAAAAACACAGCGAUUUUGUCAAAUGGAGCAAGAUAUAGCAGAGCUAGAAGCAGCGCUUUCAGCUGCAUUGUACACAAUAUCCGAUACUUGUCGACGGCGAGCCAAGACUGACGAUAAUACAGACGACACUGAAGCAGAUCGAUCUGCGUUUUUACAAAAUGAUUUUGUGCUAUGCGAUUUAAAAACAUGUUGUCAAGCACUCACCACAUUCAUAACAAGAAAAAUGCCGAUACGAAUCUUUUUAUUGGGUCGCGCCUUAAACGAUUUGUGCAUCUGCGUUGCUACAAUUGGAGAACGAGUGGUUACCGAAGUGAAUCGAGCUCUUGCAUCAUGGGCACGAGAACGUGAUGAUCUCGUUGCAGCCUGUGCGACACUCGUAGCCACUGCAUCAUUGUGCAAGCACGAGAUGGAAAAUCGGCACGAUGAGAUUCGAGACUGUCGAGAGGAGUUGGUUACGCGUGAAGCGGAGAUCGAGCGGUAUGUUGUCCAACAAGAUACUCUCCACGAGAAGUUGCGAAGUGCAACUGUCGAUUGCGAAGAGUUCUAUGCACUAAAAGAACUUGCGAAGUACCAAGGUGAAAUCCUAAAGGCAAAGAAGUCAGCGAUUCGAGACCUUUCAGCCAAAAAUGACCGAUUAGCUUUAAUGGGAAAAGCGCUCGAGUCGGAUGUGGCGGCACUUAGUCAGCAAAUUCAGGAUCAAAAGUCAAAAAUUCACGACCAGAAGCGAUAUGCUGAUGAAAAAAAGCAGGUUCUUGAAAAGGCUGCUGCAUUUGCGGAAGAGCAGAACGAAUACAAUUGCCAGCUUCAAUCUCAGCUUGCAGAAAUGCGAAUGUCUCAACAAGAACAAAAUGACUUGGUCAAGACGCUAAAGGAGCAGAUUGCAGCUUUAUUCAGUCAGAUACUGAGGUUUAUCAAGUACUUAUUACAAUCAGUAACAGCAACCGAUUAUAAUCUUCAGGAUGAUCUCAAACUCGUUGAAGCUGAGUUUCAAAAAGGCGAUGUCACCCGUUUGCUUCAGCUCUUUCCCGACUUGCUAAAUAAAUUCAUCGACAACGAAGCUUGUCACUUGGAUCGCUCAGUAUUCAAUGACUCGGAUGAGAAUCAAUGGAAAUUUAAAGCGUUAGACGCCAAUAUUCACUCCAAACACAUUAAUGCGAGUAAACCCGCAUUAAUAGUGAAGCCACCUGCUCGAUCUAUAUCUUCAUCAUUUGAUGCCCAAAAUGAUAAAUCGUCUCAGUGCUUUCUUGAAAUGGAGGAGGAAGGUUUGGCUGAGCAGUGGAAGUUCAUACAAGAUGCCUUCCGAAGCUACAAAAUCACUUAA